ACGAUUGUAUGUGGAAAGAGGUAUUUUAAAGGGCCGUGCAGUUGAAGAGGUAAGGAUUAGGCGGAGAUACAAGCGUAUAAUCAUGCUCGCACCCUCUUGUGUAUCAUUGAUUGUGGUGUGGUGGACGGAAAACGAUUUGUCUAUUCGAAUUUGUUCGAAGGGCGUCGAAACAUUUGUUCGGCGAGGAAAAAAAUAAGGUCACACUGAGACACCUUACACCAUGAGCAACAAUCAGCGGGGAUUUCUAAAUGUUCCCAUUCAGAGCUGGUCAUUAUCAAGAAUGAGUAAGAGAAAACCGGAAACACAUUUAUCGCACUAUAAUUAUAAUUAGAGCUUCAUCAAUGGAAUCCGUAGUGUGAAAAUUGCCCGCAGAAAUAUCGAUUUCCAGACCCAAUACUAGGAGGAAUUCAAACAAAUGAUUCUAUAAUUACUUCGGUACACGACGAUGUGAUCAUAGGCGAAUGAAUCCGUUUAUGAUUUAUGAAAAUAGGUGUAUAUUUCUGUUGAGUUUCUUCGCAACUAUUCACCAGCGGAUCUGACUUAUUAUUUAAACCUAACUACCUAGCCUUGCUUCAACCAUGUGUUUAGCUUUCCUCGGUUGUUAUCGGUUGUAUUCUCUCCUAAGCAAAGCUUUCCGUUUUAGCAAAUCGUGGGUGACAUAAGCAAAUGAAUAAUUGUGCAGAAGACGUCGGCGUUACUAUAGCAGCAGACAUGGGGCUGAAACAUCUUCGAUAAGAACGGGAAACUACUGACAACACUAGGUGGCUGGAAGAGGAGGAUGGCGGAAGUUGCAGGUAUAACUUAAUCUACAGCGAAGACGCAUAGGCGCACAUCCCGCACACCACGUAAUUACAUGAAAAUAUUCGACCUGACACAGUUUAAAACAAUGAUAAGUAAUUAAUUUAAGAACCUGGAAACGGACAUACGAACAAAAAGCGAGUAAUUGUGGCAAAGCAAUGGUAAUAACUGCUUCAGAUGAGAAACGAAUCGAGAAAGCCAACCAGAAACUUAAAAUUAAAAUAAUAAAAAAAUGGAAAAAUAAAAUACAUACAAAGCUA